AUGAUUAUCAUUACUCUCUACAUCGUUCUGCCACUCUUGGACGUGCUGUUGUCCGCCGAGGAGACCAUCUUCAUAAGCGCGAGCCGGCUGGACUGUGUCAAGGCAAGCGAGCUAUGUCUUAAGGAGCCGGGAUGCAGCACGAAGUAUCGAACAAUGAGGCAGUGCGUAGCGGGGAAGGAGAGCAACUUCAGCAUCGUGGCUGGACUAGAGGCGAAAGACGAGUGCCGAAGUGCGUUAGACGCACUAAAACAGAGUCCCCUGUACAACUGCAAGUGUAAAAGAGGGAUGAAGAAAGAAAAGAAUUGCCUGCGCAUUUAUUGGGGAAUUUAUCAACAUUUACAGGGAAAUGAUUUACUUGAUGACUCCCCUUACGAGCCCGUCAACAGUCGGCUCUCAGACAUAUUUCGACUGGCACCCAUCUACUCAGAGGGAGGAGAUACCAGCGGGGGCAUUCAGAGUGGCUUUGUCACCAUGGCGACAGGGCAGGUGGUCCAGGGAAGGGGGAGACCUGUGGAGACCCAGGACCCCAGUAGAAACAGGAGGGCACAUCCCAAUUGGGCUAUUCUGGGGGAGCCAGCAUUGGCGAGGGAGAAUAAUUGUCUGAAUGCAGCUAAAGCCUGCAAUUUGAAUGACACGUGUAAAAAAUACCGCUCCGCAUACAUCAGUCCUUGCACCAGCCGCGUUUCCACCGCCGAGGUCUGUAACAAACGCAAGUGCCACAAGGCGCUGCGGCAGUUUUUCGACAAGGUGCCGCCCAAACACAGCUACGGCCUCCUCUUCUGCUCCUGCCCGCUGGGCGACCAGUCAGCAUGCUCGGAACGGCGGCGCCAGACCAUCGUGCCCGCCUGCUCCUAUGAAGACAAAGAGAAACCCAACUGCCUUGAACUACAGGACACCUGUCGAAGCAACUACAUCUGCAGAUCUCGUCUGGCUGAUUUCUUCGCUAACUGUCAGCCUGAACCGCGUUCUAUCUCCGGCUGUAUGAAGGAGAAUUAUGCUGACUGCCUGCUCUCCUACUCUGGCCUCAUCGGAACCGUGAUGACUCCAAACUACCUGCGUUCACCCAAAAUCAGCGUGUCGCCAUUCUGUGACUGCAGCAGCAGUGGAAACAACAAAGAGGAGUGUGAUACCUUCACGCAGUUCUUCACAGACAACGCGUGCCUGCGUAACGCCAUCCAUGCAUUUGGAAACGGAACUGACAGAAGUGUGUGGCAGCCACUGUCUCCAGUCCAGACCACCACCUCAACCACCACCCCCUCUCUGAGAAGCAGAGAUCGCUCUCCUAAUGCCCUGGAUCCAGGCACACACAACAACCACCUCAACAGUGCUGACAAUUCCCUCUACCAGUUCUGCGGCAGUCUGCAGGCUCAACAACUGAAGUCCAAUAACACAAUAGGUGUAUUAUGUGUGGAUCCUCAAAUUGAUGAUCCUGGUACUUCAAAUGCCAUCUCCAGGAACUCGUCUGGACGGCAGUCACCUGCGGCAGGCCUUGGCUCUCUACUGCUCCUACUGGCCGUCUGUGUGCAGAGCAUUCUUCUGCCUCUCCCCUCCCCCGCAAUGGUGUUGUAG